CUCAACAAUUCUCAGUCUCCAUUUUCGCUACGGUGUGUGUGUGCACGCUCUUCCCUUAAGCAUCUGUCAACAAUCUCCUCUUCAUUUAAAGGUUAAUGACUAGGUUUGGUCAAUGAGCUGCUAAUUGGCGUGGAAUUGAAGAGGGACAAUGAAUAGAACAGUCUUCAGCUUGUAAACAAGCUUGAAACAGUGAUUAUGACCACUUCAAAAGUGUUGGAAGUGGAUCCAGCUAAAGACUUGUAUUUGUAGUCAUAUUGGCAUUUGGAUAUUUAUUGGAGCGAACCAUAUUUCUCUUGAUUGCAGAGAGGGAAAUCAAGAUGGAGAAUGAGGUGAGGAAGCUUGAUGCAUCAUGCUGGAAUGGUCAAAUUUGUCUGGAUAGUUCUGAAUGGCUUGUGGAGAAUAUCAAGAGUAUUGAUCAGAGUGUAAAAGAAAUGCUGCAGUUGAUCGAAAAUGAUAAAGGUUCUCAGAUGGAAAAUGGUGAUAAUAAUAGCAAUUAUCCUACUAAGCUGCCAGAGUUAAUUGCCCAUAUUAAGGAAAUCUCACACCGCCACCACUUGCUUGCUGAUCACUACAACAAGCUAACGGGAGAACUGAGUAGCCAAAGCAAGUCAGCCAAGAGUAACGAGAAAAAAACUUUCAACCCUCAACUCACCCCUCCAUUCCUUACUCCUAUGAAUAAACUGAGGAUGAACAAUCUCGAUGGCCAACUAGUUGCUUCUGAUUUAUCUCUAAGUUCGGGCGGAGGAAUUUCGGAUGUAACUCCAAACGAAGGAUCCCAAUCCUCACUGUCAUCAGAUUCUGAUUCGGAGACUUAUUAUGCAUCACCUAACGAGCGUUCGAGUUCGGUUCGUACUCAGAAGAUGCUGGAGCAUGAAGUAGUGAGUUUGAGAACUGACUUUGAAAAACAACUAAGUAUUUCAAAUGAGAAAUUGUUGUCUGCAGAAGAGGAAAUUGCUAAAUUGAAGAGGGAACUAGAGAAUAAUGAGAAGGUCAUGGUGAAAUUGAGUGGUCUAGAAGUUGAGCUUCUGGCAGCCAAGAGUCAAAUUAAGCUGCAUGAGGCUGAGACCGAGAAGGAGAAUGGAAGGUCUUUGCUGCUGCAAAUGAAAAUAGUUGAAUUAGAAGGUGAGCUUGAGUUUGAGAAAAAGAAAGUUUAUGAAUUGCAAGAGAGUGUAGAAAAGUACACUACUGAGUUGUCGGAUCGCGAUGUUAGGAUACAGGAACUUAAUGCGGAGCUCGAAAUUGCUUUAGGAAAUUUCGCUUUGGAAAAGUGGCAGCUGGAAGCAUCUAUUUCUAAAUUGUCUGAACGUUUGAAUUUUCUUGAGGCAGAAAAUAAAGAGCUUCGUUUGCAGUGUGAACUAUUAGAUGAUGAGAUCAAGAAACUCCAAGAUGGGAAAAUUGAAAUGGAAAAAGAGAAAAAUGCUUCAAGAAUCAUUUGGCAAGAUAAUAUCGAGGAUGCAAAAAUCGAGCUAUCCAAGAAAACUGCACUUGCUGAUGCUUUGAAUGAAAAUCUUGAUGGACUGAAACUAAAAUACGACACUCUAAAGGCCGAGAAAGACGGACUCAAUGCUAAGCUACAGACACUUGUUGCUGAACUACAUUGUCGAGAGGAUCAUAUUGGAAAUCUUGAACACAAUCUGCAAAGAGUAGAGUUUGAGAACAAACAGCUUAGUUCGGGGGCUGAUAGUGCAAAGAAGCUAAUGGAUGAACUAAAGGUGAGGUCUGAUGAGUUGGAGAAAGAGGUCCACAUGCAGGAGGUUGUGAUAUCUGAUAUGGCUGAGGAAAAAAGGGAAGCUAUAAGACAGCUUUGUUUCUCGCUCGACUACUUCAGAUGUGCCUAUGAAGAUCUUCGAAAUGCAUAUGUUGUUCGUAAACGUCCUGUGGCUGUGGUGCCAUAAAAUUUGGUUUUACCGUUUAUUAGAACUUUGGUGCUUAUUCAUUGUUGUCUUUGAUAGUGUUUUUCUUUGUCCAACUUUUUUUUUUUUGGUGCGAUAGUGCAAUAUAUGGUUACAGACACAAUGUUUGUGUAAGGUUGCAGAAUCUGGGAUCCCAUCGCCGCAAAUCUGUUUUGGAGUCAUCAUUUAUGGCACAUGUUUUCGUUAAUGUUAUAAACUUUAAAGUAAUGUUGAGGGUCUGUAAAACUAUAUUCUAUGAAAUGUGAGCUAUUAUUUCUCAAAGGCUA